AUGGCUGAAACCAAAAACUUCACCCUCGAAGGGCUCUUCUCCGUCAGAGGCCUCGAUGUCCUCAUCACUGGAGCCGGCACCGGCAUAGGCAAGUAUACUCAUACCCCAGAAGGGCUUUACAUGGCCAAGGGAUUUGCCUCGAAUGGCGCGGUUACCCAUAUAGCUGGUAGACGAAAGGAGAAGCUUGAGGAAGCGAAGGCGUCUAUUCUCGAGCUCGCUCCAGACGCUCAGGUAGUCAUACAUACUAUCGACAUAUCUGAAAGAGCUGCCGUCACUUCUCUCGUCGCAGAUCUUACCAAGCUCGACGUCCUCAUCAACUGCGCCGGCAUCGUCCUCCCCGAUCCACCAAGCACCCAUCACAGCCCUCUCCCCGAACUACAAGCCGCUCUUCUCUCUUCCUCCGCCGACACCUGGUCCCGCACCUUCUCCACCAAUGUUGAAGCCCCUUACUUCCUCUCUUCCUCCGUCCUCCACCUGCUUGCUGCCGCCCCCAACGGCGGGCGCAUCAUCAACAUCUCUUCCAUCGGCUCCAUCAUGUCCGACCCCAACACCCACCAGCCCGCAUACCAAGCAUCCAAAGCUGCUGUCAACCACCUCACUAGGCUUCUGGCAAGCAAAUUCAGAGAACAUGGAGUGAGGGUGAAUGCCAUCAGUCCCGGGUACUUUCCAAGCCAGAUGCAGAAUGCGAGUAAUCCGAAGAGCAUGUUGGCGAGGGCGAAAGACUUGGUGCCGCUGAAAAGGGGAGGAGAAGAGGAGGAUGCGGCCGGGACGGCGAUAUAUCUCGCGAGUAGGGCAGGAAGCUAUGUUGAUGGCCACACUAUAGUACUUGGUGGUGGGCGAGAGUGGGCAUGA